AUGACAGCCGAAUCAGUUGUCGUCUGGACGACGGCCGGGGAGAAGUUGGCGACUAUACCCUUGACAAAUGGGCCAGAUGUUCGCACGUUGAAGCGACACUUGCAAAAGCUACAUGGACAGCCAAGGUUCAGACAACGACUCGUGCACAAUGGCCGCGUAUUGCAAGACAGUGAUCGAGUGCAUGAGUUACACACGCCCCGCGACCUGCAGAUGGUUCUUUUGCCCUAUGCCCCCGCUUCCCCAAGCACACGCACUCAGUUUUUGAUCGCGUGUGCGACGGGGAACCAUGCAGACGUUGAGACCCUGCUACAGCUGCCUCUGGAUCCAAACGACUGGCCCUACCCACCGUUAAUCCAAGUAAUCCUUCAUCCGCGGAGUCGUGAAGUUUUUGGCCUGCUGCUAGAAGCUGGAGCGGACAAGAACGUCAACCAUAAUGGUUGGACGCCAGUGAGAGCAGCCUUGUGUCGCGACAUGAAGAUGUUCUUGCAACUGAAGGGUCUUGACUCAUUGGUUGCAUUGUGGGAGAUAGACACACUGGCCGCAGUUUGUUUGUGGAUCAGCUGUUUAUCCGACAUCGCCAUGGAAUUCUUGGAGUGUCAGUGGCCCCAUGAAUCUCCAGAUUCUGCAGCUCCUUCGUCCAGGUGUUUGUUUCCCCUGUUAGUCGCCGAGCUAACAAAAUUGUCCGUCGAAUUUCCAUUCUGGUUCAUCCCGUUUCGCAUGGUGGAGCUGAUCGCACGCGGCGUGGCUGUAGCUGCAGACUCUGUGGCAAAAAGCCGUCAACCAGGAAAUGGGGUUGCAAUGGCAGUACGCAAAGCCUUCAUUGACGAUAACAUCUCAUUUCAUCAUCAAAUGCCGUGGAGGAGAAUGCUUGGCAUUCUGGCAUGGACAAUCGCUCGGUUUCGUCGACUCUCGUAUGGCGUUCCUUAUACGUUCCGCGAGUGCCUCCAUUAUGCGCCUGUCCUUUUCUGCAAUCCAUUUCUCCAGGCAGUUUUCGGACAACUUGUUGCUUUGUGUGUUGGUAGGACGCGGGCACGGUUGACGUCUUGGGCUGUCGGCGAUAGCUGCUAG